AUGUCUUCGCCGGUAGACUCGAUGUUCAGUGAACUGAAUCAGAGGUACCAGAAGAAGCUGCGGGUGAGUGCAGUGGAUGUGGACAUAUUCGCCAAUUGUGUGACACGAGUGGAACAGUUGGAAGAGUUGCAGCAUUUGGUGUAUCAGUUGAGACGAUCCAAAGAGACCGUCAAUACUCUGGAGUCGACACAUCACGCCUUCUGCAGAGUUUUCCUCAAAUUCAGACAAACCGAUCGUUUGCUUCACAUUCUUAGCGAUCGAAUUGGUUUCGGAAUAUUCGCGGAUCUCUUCUCUUAUAAUAUGCUUUUGGAUCACUUGAUCGAUGAGAAGAACUGGAGGGCAGCCGCCAGAGUGGCCGCACUUAUGAUGGCUCAGGAGGACUGUGGCAAUGGCAUCAGUCAACGGCUCGCCUUAUAUUCAGUUCACAAAUAUCUCAGAGAAGAGAAUAGAAGCGAAUGGUUUGAAUCCGAAGAACUCGAAAGACUGGCCAAAGAGGACGAACUCUAUCCGAACGCCUGUACCGAUAGAGCCGUCAUCACCACCGAUGAUAACGACGAAGAGGUUCAGUACAUACGAGUGCCUUAUCUCAGGAAUAAAUGGUUUGACGAUCACUUCGACAUUAGAGACGCCAACCAUUUGUGCGGAAAAACGCUUUAUUUUUUCAGUAAACAAUUUGAUGAUAUCGUUGGUAGAAGUCAGCAGAUAAUUGGUCUCAUUUUGUACGAGAAAUGGGAUAAAUGUUUGAAAUUAUUGACUAGUUUUCAGAAACUUAAACAAAAUGUAGUCAAAGAUGUCGUCAAAACAGUGGACGAAUCAAUUGAGAAGUUGACCGACGAGUCAACCCAUAAACAGAUAUUAUUAGACAUUAAGAAAGUUUUAGAUGUAAUGGACAACGACUCGCAAAUUGUGGACAAAGAUUUGGAUGAAUUAGUUUCGCAGAAGUUGUCGGAAAUAAAGGAAUUAGAGAUAAAAGACACGGAAAUAAUGCCACAGAUUUUCAAAGAGUGGGAAAAGGAUAGAGAGUUAGCGCUCAACAAACAAAUGGAGGAUUUGCUGAAAGAGGAGCGAAGGAAACAAUUGGACGACAAGAAGAGCGAAAUGCAAGAAAAGCAUCGAAUUAUGUAUUUCUUCGAGAACUUCGCCAAACAUGAGAUGGAUUUCGUGGCAGCGGAACAAAAAAUAGCUGAACUUAAGUCCAAAACAGUGGUCGACGAGGACUACAUUCCGCCUGAAAUUAGAUAA